AUGGCUACCGGAGCCAAAAACCGUUGGAUAUUGAUAAUCUUGUUCCAGAUUGCAACGUUUGCAAUAGUAACGAUCCUGGGACAAACCACCCAAAAUAUUAACAUUUUGUUUGUCAACGAAGUGGAUAACAAUUUGGCCAAUGUAGCAGUAGAAGUUGCCCUAAACUAUGUAAAAAAAAAUCCUCAAUUAGGACUUUCGGUCGAUAUGAUGUACGUUGAAGGAAAUCGAACGGAUUCGAAGGACCUUCUACAAGCACUAUGUUCGAAGUAUGGUCAAUCGUUGAGCGAUAAUCGACCGCCGCAUUUACUGCUCGAUACAACGCUGACUGGAGUUUCAUCGGAAACAGUGAAAUCAUUCAGUCUCGCUCUUGGCAUCCCAACUGUAUCGGCCUCAUUCGGACAGGAGGGAGACUUACGCCAGUGGCGGGACUUGACACCAACCAAACGAGGGUAUUUGUUGCAGGUUAUGCCGCCGGCCGAUAUGAUACCUCAAGUCAUUCGAUCUAUUAUCAUCUACAUGAACAUUACCAAUGCUGCAAUUCUGUAUGACAGUACAUUCGUAAUGGAUCAUAAAUAUAAAGCCCUGCUACAGAACAUUCCCACUCGUCAUGUUAUCACCAGCAUUGCCGACGAUCGGGACAGGGCUAGCCAAAUAGAGAAACUACGAAAUCUGGAUAUUAACAAUUUUUUUGUGCUGGGUUCUUUGGCAUCCAUUAAGCAAGUAUUGGAAUCGGCUAAAAACGAAUACUUUGAGCGUAACUUUGCGUGGCAUGUCAUAACGCAAGAGCAAAAGGAUCUGACGUGCAAUGUGGAAAACGCAACUAUUAUGUUCCUACGUCCGAUGUCCGACAGUGCAAGUAAAGAUCGCUUGGGCAGCAUACGCACCACAUACAAUCUUAAGCAGGAACCUCAAAUCACCGGCUUUUUCUACUUCGAUCUAACACUGCGAGCGUUGAUUGCAAUAAAGAACAUUUUGCAAUCUGGAUCAUGGCCGUCGAACAUGAAGUACAUUACAUGCGAGGACUACGAUGGGACUAACACACCGAACCACACGAUCGAUCUUAAGACGGCUUUCAUUGAAGUGACUGAGCCCACCACUUUCGGACCGUUUGAAAUACCAAAGGGAGCCAAAGUGCCAUUCAAUGGUAACGCUUUCAUGAAAUUUGAUAUGGACAUUAAUGCAGUUUCCAUUCGUAGCGGUGCUUCUGUCAAUACGCGCAAUCUCGGCACAUGGGAAGCGAGUCUCAGUGCACCGAUUAACGUGGCUAAUGAGGCAGAAUUAAAAAAUCUCACAGCCGAUGUUGUAUAUCGUGUGUAUACAGUUGUGCAAGCACCAUUUAUAAUGCGAGACCCGACUGCGCCGAAAGGAUUUAAGGGGUACUGCAUUGAUCUGCUAAACAAAAUCGCCGAGAUUGUGGAGUUUGACUAUGAAAUCCGCGAAGUUGAGGAUGGAAAAUUUGGUAAUAUGAAUGAAAACGGUGAAUGGAACGGGAUAGUGCGUAAAUUGAUCGACAAGCAGGCCGACAUUGGACUUGGAUCAAUGUCUGUAAUGGCUGAACGGGAAACAGUUAUUGAUUUUACCGUCCCAUACUAUGAUCUGGUUGGCAUUAGCAUCAUGAUGCAACUGCCCAGCACACCCAGCUCGUUGUUUAAGUUUCUAACUGUACUGGAAACGAAUGUUUGGCUCUGCAUUUUGGCCGCAUACUUUUUUACAAGCUUUCUUAUGUGGGUCUUUGACCGUUACAGUCCCUAUAGUUACCAAAAUAAUAGAGAAAAGUAUAAGAAUGACGAUGAAAAGCGUGAAUUUAACAUUAAGGAAUGUCUGUGGUUUUGCAUGACCUCGCUUACACCUCAGGGUGGAGGAGAAGCUCCGAAAAAUUUAUCCGGACGCUUAGUAGCUGCUACUUGGUGGUUGUUUGGGUUUAUCAUAAUUGCCUCAUAUACAGCUAAUUUAGCAGCCUUUCUCACGGUGUCACGUUUGGACACACCAGUCGAAUCUUUGGAUGAUUUGUCCAAACAGUACAAGAUUCUGUAUGCCCCACUGAACGGAUCCUCAGCAAUGACAUACUUCCAGCGUAUGGCGGACAUUGAAGCCAAAUUUUACGAAAUUUGGAAGGAGAUGUCUCUGAAUGACUCAUUAACAGCGGUGGAACGAUCAAAGCUAGCUGUUUGGGACUAUCCUGUAAGCGACAAGUACACGAAAAUGUGGCAAGCUAUGCUAGAGGCCGGCUUACCAAACAGUCUUGAAGAAGCCGUUCAGCGUAUUCGAAACUCCACAUCUGCCUCUGGCUUUGCGUUUUUGGGUGAUGCUACAGACAUUCGUUAUCAAGUGUUAACAAAUUGUGAUUUGCAAAUGGUUGGAGAAGAAUUUUCUCGUAAGCCAUAUGCGAUUGCAGUACAGCAGGGCUCACCAUUAAAGGAUCAAUUUAACAAUGCCAUACUCAUGCUGUUGAAUAGACGUGAGCUGGAAAAAUUGAAGGAACAAUGGUGGAAAAAUGAUGAUGUGCAAAACAAGUGCGAGAAGCCGGACGACCAAUCCGACGGAAUAUCGAUACAAAACAUUGGUGGCGUUUUCAUCGUUAUCUUUGUUGGUAUUGGCAUGGCAUGUAUUACGCUACUGUUUGAGUUCUGGUAUUACAAAUAUCGAAACAACUCGAAAGUUAUAGAUAUUGUGGAAUCGUCGGAACAGCAGCAGCACCAAGCUGCAACCGUUAAAAAUGUUCGCCCAGCCGGUAAACUCAUCAAGCAAGAUUCAUUGAAGGAUACUAUGAAAGGUCAAAAUUAUCAAACCCUACGGACACGUACCUUAAUGCCGAACCUGAGCAAAUUUCAACCUAGAUUCUGA